UUAAGUAACUGCUGGAGGCAACCAAAUGUUUCACAACGUAUAACGCGAUAUCUAAAUAACAAAGGACCGAGCGUGUGGCGUAGUAACAGAGUAUGCUAAUUAACGUGCUAAUCAACUUGACGUUCACACACCUGCUCGGCUAUGGGGGUUCAUUUUUUCGUGCUUAUAACAAAAAAAAUUACAAGAGAAAAAACCAAAAAUAAAUAAAUAUAUAAAACACAACUAAAAACAUGUCAAAACAAACGACAAAAACAAAUUAAAUACGAGCAGAAAUCAGCCAUACUCGUCUCAUCCCACUGCUGCUACGGUUUUGAUGAUGCUUUCAAGUGCAGUUGGUGUUAUGCAAUUUGGAGUUCCCGGAGCAGUUUAACACCGCGGGUGGUCGCUAAACUAAAGUCUGCCGGAGGGACUUCUUCACUUAAAAUUUAUACUCGACAAUAAAAACGUUUGUUUGGAGAAUUGACAUCAGGGUAUCAGGGUGACUCUCACACUCUAGAUGUGUGAAACAUUAUUUACGACCGGGACUUAAAACCAUCAAAAUAAAGUUUAUGUUCUGUCGCAGACGGACGCGCGACAGUAGCACACUAUGCGCAGGAUGUCUGAGAAGAUAGAAUCUAAUGACGAGCCGAGCUCCUGGAUGUUAAGUUGGAUUCCCUCCUGGUGCCCUACUUCUGCCUCCCAGCUGAAAGAUGCAGAGGAAAAAAUGCUUAAAAGUGUGAAGACACCUUUCUCCAGGCAGCAUGUGCGGAUAUCCAAUGACAACUAUCUGUGGACAGUGGCUUUUUUGACACACCCUCAUCAGUACUCCUCAUCUCACAUCCAGCCUGAGUCUCCCCUGGUUCUUCUGCACGGCGUCGGGGGUGGCGUCGCACUCUGGGCCCAAAACCUGGAUGCCUUCUCCAGUAGUGGCCCAGUCUACGCUCUGGACCUGCUGGGCUUUGGCAGGAGCAGCCGUCCCCAGUUCAGCAGUGACUCAGAGGAAGCCGAGGAGCAGUUUUUGGCGGCUCUGGAGGAGUGGAGAACCAAAGUGGGACUGGAAAAAAUGGUGCUGCUGGGACAUAACCUCGGAGGAUACCUGGCUGCUGCCUACGCGCUCAAACAUCCCCACAGGGUCAAGGGCCUGGUCCUGGUCGAGCCGUGGGGCUUCCCCGCACGUCCCGAGAACAGCAACCACUACUCCAUUCCUGUGUGGAUCAGAGCCAUGGGGGCAGUGAUGAGUCCCUUCAACCCUCUGGCUGGACUCAGACUGGCUGGGCCUCUAGGUCCAAUGCUGGUCCAGAUGAUUAGGUCGGAUUUCAAACAGAAAUACUUAUCGGUUUUUGACGACAACACUGUGUCUGACUACAUCUACCAUUUAAACGCGCAGACUCCAAGUGGAGAAACGGCGUUCAAGAACAUGACCAUUCCCUACGGUUGGGCCAAAAGGCCGAUGCAGGAGAGAAUCGGACAGAUCCGAACGGACAUUCCCAUUUACUUUAUUUAUGGAUCGCGCUCCAGCAUUGACAGCAACCCCGGAUGUGACUUUAAGAAAAGAAGACCUGAUGUGGAAAUCAUAGUGAUCAGAGGAGCAGGCCACUAUGUUUUUGCUGACCAGCCAGAUGACUUUAACCAGGCUGUUCUUCAGAUCCUCGCACAAACACAGGGGACGACUGAGAAGGAGGCCGGGUGAGAUCUGCGUCGACUGCAGUUUCUCUCUGCCAUGAACUUACUGUAACCGAUCAAACGUUCUUUUUUUUUGUUUGUUUUUUUAUUUCAUACCCGGACCCUGUCCAAGGUUCGAGGUCACAUAUUCUUCCUCCGGUGUCAUGUAAAAAGAUUUUAUAAAUAAAUGUAAGAUGAGCCUGUGUUGCUGACUGU